AUGGCAAGAGCUUCGAGCUCUGGACCCUUGUCUUCCACCACCACAUCCGCCUUCAGAACCACAAUAAGCCCCUCUUCAGGAACAGAGCAGACACCAGCAGCAACAGUCACAGCAGCCUCCUCGUCACGCAUGCCUCUUCCUGCAGCCACGUCUACCACCUCGACAUCAUCCCCCUCCUCGUCGUCAUUCAGACGCAUGGUCAACAAUCUCCGCUCCACCCCCUCGUCGCCCUCGUCGAGCUCCUUCCAUCACGCAUCCUCGUCCAGCUCGUCCUCCAUCACCGCCAGGAAUGCCUCGCUGGACUUGCCCGAGAGACGGUCCAUGCGCAAGAGCUUGGACCGAUCUCGCCUGCAAGCGACUGCAUCUGCUGCAGCCUUUCUAGGCUUUCCCUCUUCCACUCAAAAUGCUCCCAUUCCUACAUCAUCAACCUCUUCGCUGGCAUACAAUCUUACAUCUCGCGACUUGGAGCCUACGCAUGCACAUUCACCCAGCAACGACCUGAUCCCCUCCCUUCGGCAGCACACAUUGCAUGAUACCCCGUCCCGUGUCCAGGAACCGCUGCCAACCUCCUCUUUCCCCUCCUCCUCUUCGUCCUUCCGCAUAUCUAGCCGCAAAUCACCAUCUCAUUCCACCGCCGCCCCAUCAGCGACCACCUUCGCCCCCACCUCUUCCUCCUCCUCUUCCUCCUCAUCCUUCCUCCAGCGUCACAAAUCUUCUGCCUCCGUAUCCACCGAUACAUUCUCCUUUGAUGCGGCGUCCUCCACCCUACUCACAUACUCUUCGUCGUCCAACAUGAGGUCAAGCACAGCUUCGUUGGCCCCAGUCGCUCUCACCCCCGCAUUCUCCACGCAUCGUAAUCCGGGUCUCUCGAGGCUGCGAUCAGGCUCCGUAUCAAGCUAUGCUGCUUCUCGUAAAAGCAUUGCCGGCGACGCCCAAGUCUCGAUUGGCGUUCACAUCUGGUGGCCAUCCACCAUAAAGACUUCCUCCUCCACCUUGGCACGAGCGCCUCUCUUUCGCGAUGCCGCUAACGUCAAACAGAAGCUCUCCAAGCGUCCUGGAUCUUCCCAGUCUCGGGCAGCAGAGCCCGCCCACGAUGCCAUGUUUGGCUUCCGAAAUCACGGCCCAUCCUGGCUCAGAGAGAAACCAAGCAAGGGUCGUCUCAACGCGCCCACCGCCUCCAUCGGCCCGCAAGGCCAGUGGAAGCGCGCCACUCUCCUCUUCCGCGACGCUGGCAGCCUCUCGAUCCUCGAUGAAACCAACGCGCUCUCCCACUCGCUCGACUGUGGCGCUCUCUACGUCUCCGACGUCCGAUUCGUCCACGACUCGCUCUUUGCUAGGCCCUAUGUGCUCAUGAUCCAGCCAAGGCAGUCGCGGGCCAGGACCGAGGUCUCGAUCACCACCCGCAAGCAGGAAGCCGCCUUGCUCCAAGAGCGUGCUCGCAGCUCGGAGCCCAUCUUUAUCGAAUGCAAAAGCGAACAGGAAGCUCACUACGUCAGAACGCUGCUUCAUAUCUACGUCAAGCCCGAAAUCUUUGGCUCGCCGGCCACCGUCGAUACCGGCGGCUCGCAUCGCUUCUUCCGACAGCUCGACAUCACCAUCUCGGACGCCCAAAGCAUCAUGCCCAAGUGGCCCGCAGACCUGGCCGACUCGGCUUCCGACUCGUCCGCGACGCCGUCCAUGUCGCCGCGACCACCCGCGCCCAUGCCUCCACCGCUUCCUGCUUCGCCUACAAGCGCCACGGUGCUCGAACUUCCUCGCUCCCUCUCUCACCAGCUCGCUUCCUUGCGCUCCGAGGACCAGGAGGACUCCCCGGGGUCCGAGCCACUCACCGACGACACUCUCUCCGGAUCCUCGCGCGCAGGCUCGCGUCCUAGCUCGCGUCAACGCCACCACAACGCCUCCACCAGCAGCUUGCGUGCCUCACGAGAUCCCGAGAAGCAAAGUCGGAGUCCAGCUGCUUCGCGACCCACGUCCCGCUACGACGCCUCGUUCCAAAAGGGCAUCGAUGCGGCGAGCUCGAGCAGCGUGCACAUCUCGGGGCCGCUCAGCGGCGACUCGGGCGCCAGCCGCUUCGAUCGCAACCCUGCCCCUUCGCUCGACGAAACCGCUCCCAGCCUCCAAACCAGCGUGGCGGGCGGCUCGGGUCGAGGCGCAACGUCGCGAGCAGCAGCAGCAUUGCGGCGGGAAGACAAGGAUCGCUUUGAAAAGACCCGAUUCGAAAGGUACUGCCGCAUCCGGCUCGACGGCGACCUGGUUGCACGAACUAGUCUGGCUCACUCCAGCGGCAAUGCGUUCGCUGUCGACAAAUUUCAGCUCAAGGACGUGGGCGAUGUCAAGUCUCUUUUCAUCGAGGUGCUGCAUCCGACCUUGAGGACGAGCAGCGCCUUGUCUGGCACGCCGGCCCAUUCCAGCACCAAAUUCAUGAUGCUCGGCAUCGUCGAGAUCCCUAUCGAGACCUUGCGCAGGAAUGAAGAGAUCGAAGGUCGUUUCCCGAUCUGGUCCAUCUCGACUUUCUCCCAUUACACCGCAGCAAAUGAGGACGAUGGCAAAACGCCCACCGGCUUUCAUCGCGGCGUUGUGGGCGAGCUCAGCUUGUCCAUUCAUCUCCACGAGGGCGCCAUCCUGCCUCUCACCAUGUACGAGGAGGUCUACAACAGGCUCCAUGACGAGGAUGCGCAUCAGAUGCUGCGCCACCUUUUCACGUUGAUCAGCGACGACGUCGUUGUCUCGCACGUCGUCCGAAUCUGCGCCGCCUCCGGCACGAUUACUUCGCGCAUUUCGACGCUCAUCGAGGAAGAGAGCGUCAAUUGGGGCGAAAAGAUGGAGCCCGAGCUGCUCUUUCGCGCCAACACCUCGCUCUCUCGGUCUGUCGAUCAUUUCCAGCGCCUUCUCGCCCUCUCGUGGCUGGAAGCUUGCCUGGGCCCCACUGUGCGCAAGAUUUGCAACGACGCGCAGCCUCGCUCGGAUGCGGCCGCAUCGAGCAGCAGUAGCAGUACCACCGCUGGCCCGACAGCAGGCGGCGGAGGAGGAGGCGGCAGCGACGACGGCCCCUUCGAUUUCAGUACGUCGAUCCGUGCCGCUCCGACGCUGCCGGCCAAUGCGAUCGAUGCGAUCCCCGAUGGUCCGAUGACCGCCAAUUCUCUCCGCAAGCUGAGCGAGACCAUGUGGCAGAACAUCUACAGCCAGCGACACAGCUGUCCCGCAGAUCUGCGGACGGUCCUCCACCGCAUUCGUCGCAAGGUCAACGAAUGCUAUCGAGAUGCCAAGUCGACGCGACCGGGCAUUCAAGGUGUGGGUGCUUUCGUGUUCUUGCGCCUCUUUUGUGCCGCCCUCAAUGCACCUCAGCUGUAUGGCCUCACGCCUUCGCAGCCAGGCCGAGACGCGCAGCGCAAGCUGCUGCUGCUCAGCAAAGUCUUGCUUGCUCUCGCCUCCAAGAAGAACGCGUUCGACAGGGAGAAGGAUUGGGAAUUGAUCCCGCUCAACGACUUCCUCCGCACGUAUUCGUCGGCGUACGAUGACUACAUCAGCGUGGUCUCCACCGAGCCACCCACCCAAACGGCUGUCCAGCUGCUGGGCAUGCGCAUCGAAGGGGAUUCCGACCUGCAGGCGGCAGCGCAGCGCAAGCUUGGCUCGCUGUGUACACUGCAUCGCGAAGCCAUUCCUCGCGCCCCAUACAUGCUCGAUCAGCCGCAGGCGCUGGCGUCCUUUGUCGCUCUCGUCGCUGAUGCCGUCGAGGAACGCGAGCUGGCAGGCGUCACACAGCAGCCGAUCAGCACGAUCGACGCUUCGAGCACGGUUGACAGCAGGGAUGGCAGCGCGCAAACCGAGGCGGCGAAGAUCAAACAAAAGGCGGACGAGUUUAUUGCCAUCUGCUGCCGCAUCGAGGAAGCGGCGGGUAUGUGCAUCGAGCUGGCCGGCUACGAUCCGCGUCCGAUCCCGUUCGAACGUUUGCAGCGAUCCGCUCUGUCGAGUCUGCCGCGCUAUGGUCGAGGGCCUGACGACGCCACCCUGGGUCCGUCGCCGAGUCGGAUCGCACAAGGCGAUGCAGCGGUGCCUCUGUCUCCGAGGGACGCCUCGCUCGGAUCUUCUCCAGCUCGAUCGCGAAGCCGCAGAGCUACCGUCGGCGCUGCGCUCGCGCUUCCCAAGCUGGCCGCAACAAAAGAGUUUCAUCCCGAUGGCUCCUCGGAACAACCCGUUCCGGUACCGGUCUCGCCUAGGGAAGCUCGAGAGGAUCGCAGGAAGAGCGUUGGCACUCCCCGAUCCAAUCAGCACAGAGUUUCGCAGGUCGUCACCGACUCGCCCGAAUAUCGCGUUACCGCUGGUGCUGACCCGCUGGCGAGAAGAGAGAGCGAGGCGAACAAGAAGAGUAACGUGCAGCACGUCACUGCACAGUCUCUCGGCACGUCGGGUACAUUUGAUGUCGCCACCCCCUCUUCCUACCGCACCCGCUCUUCGAGGCUGAUAGAAGACGAGGAUGACCAUGGCAGCGACGUCGAGCUGCGAGAAGCGUAUCGCAAGCUGCGAGCCGAGGAAGAGGCUGGCGUCUCUACAUCGCAGCGUGUCGCCGCACCGGGUCUACCGGCCAUCUCGACGACGGAGGGGCCACUUCCUCGGUCGGCCGCCGCAGGCAACGGUAAAGCACAGCCAUCCAGAACGCCCGAAGCACUGGAUGCGCUGAUGGAAGCCGAGGACGGGUCAACCUUCGAACCCGUCUACGCGCCACGAACGCUGCCGAGGACGGUAGGCUCUCGCGCCUCGUUCUCGGGCAAGCUCAUACCGGUUCGGCGGCCAGCACUCGACCGACCAAGCGCACCAGAGCCAAACAGACGCCAUUCGUCCGAAGAACCAGAGGCACCACGCAACUUUUCGCUGCCGCGACCCUCGGCCGACCGAAACAGCGCUGCGAUUCGGGAGCGCGAGGAAAGCUCGGACGGGUUCGAGAUGGCCAUUGAAGAUGCGUAUGCUCAGACGAGGGCAACUCUGCCCCCUUCUGCAUCGAUGCCGGUCAACAUGACCGGGCUAGCUCCAGUCGGAGAUGGAAGGUACGGGAAGGAGUUCGGAAGUGGUACGGAUGGAGCGGGGAAGAAGAAGAAGUGGUGGAAGCCAUGA